AUGUCGGUCCGAGCCAUCCUCCUCUACCCGUUCAAAGCAGGCUCCACCUUCAACAUCAACUACUACAUCAGUACCCAUAUGCCUUCAGUCGCCAAGCUAUACGGUCCUUAUGGUCUUGUAAGAUGGGAAGUCUUACAGUUUUCUGGAGACGAGACAUCACCUUAUAUCGUGCAGACUGUACUUUUCUGGGAUAAUCUUGAUCAAUUGAAUGCCGCGAAUUCAAGUGACGGUGCAAAAUAUCUGCGCGAGGAUAUCAAGAACUUUAGCUCGGUUAUGCCCGUCGCGUUGGUUGGUAAUAUCGCAGGCCAGUCUUGAGGCCAUAGUCGGGCAGAGAGAUCUGAUCGUUGGCCAGAAUCAGAUAUUUGCAUCUACAAGCCACCUAAUACCAUACCUUUUCGCGUGCCGGAGUGGGGCACGCUUGUAAUUAUCGCAAAGCACGAGACUUUCCAGAUCAAUAGCCGGGCCACCGAGAUAUGAUGAUUAAACGACUCCCUGCCUGAUC